UAAAAUAGAGUUUGUGUCCUGGUUGUUUUUUUUUCUCUGUCGUUGCGCUUCUUUUUUUCUUCUCUUUUUCAAUCUCUCGACUUCUCCACCUCAACGCCUCGUCUUGACCAUCGCUCGACUUUCCAUCCCACUUCUUAGUUUCGAUUCUUUGAUCUAUUAGAAUACUUCAACAUGUCUGAGGAAGCCAACCAAACCUUCGAGUCCGUCUCUGCCGGUGCCUCGCUCACCUACCCCAUGCAGUGCUCUGCUCUCCGCAAGAACGGACACGUCGUCAUCAAGGGACGUCCCUGCAAGAUCGUUGACAUGUCGACCUCCAAGACCGGAAAGCACGGUCACGCCAAGGUCCACAUGGUCGCCAUCGACAUCUUCACCUCCAAGAAGCUCGAGGAUCUCUCUCCCUCCACCCACAACAUGGAGGUCCCCAACGUCACCCGUACCGAAUACCAGCUCAUCAACAUCGAUGACGGUUUUCUCUCCCUCAUGACCCCUGACGGAGCCACCAAGGACGACGUCAAGCUCCCCGACUCCGACAUCGGCCAGAAGCUCGAGACCGAGUGGGAGGAUGGAAAGGACCUCAUCGUCACCAUCAUCUCCGCCAUGGGCGAGGAGGCCUGCAUUGGCUACAAGGAGGCCCCCAAGUCCUAAAUGUUCAAUAAUUAACCUUCUUUACCUCCCCUUCUCUUCUCUUUUUGUGAGCUCUCUAGUCUAUGCUACUCCUUAGUCUUUGAUUUUGUGAGCUUCAAAAUUAUGCAAGCUGGCUGGGUUGGCACGGGCAGACUGUCUCUAUAUCUUAUGUAGUUUUGCUGUCACCUUUUAUUUUUUUGUCGUAUUAUGUCUGGUUAGGAAUAAAAAUUCAUGCUCUGUUCUUAUUAUAUAUUAUCUUCUUCUAUAGCCAUUUAUUUCUUUUGGUUGUAUCCAAUAGUUUAAUCGAUUUGAGUAACUACUUAUACUGUUUGAGAAUUCUUAAUCGAAUACCAUCUAUAUCCCUUGA